GUGCCAGGGCAUGUGAAGCCAGCAAUAGUGGCUCUGCAGAAUGACAGGGCUGCUCUGGGGCCAGCAUCAGCCGUUAACGGUUUGUCUGUUUACGGCGCAAGCAGGCUCGGGAAGAGCUUUAAAUGCAUAUUUUCCUCUCGAAAUAUUGAAUUUGGUGUUUUCAUUUUUGGAGGCCUGGGGAAAAAUUAUGUUUCAUAUUUUCAAAACAAACAGGGCUUUUACAGAGGCAUAAAUGCAGGGCUCUGGGAUCCAGCACACCUUCGCCUCUCGCCGCCUUCUCAAAGCUUUAAUGUUGCUUGUGUGCCACAAGCUCUGCUAGAGAAAAUAUUCACCUGAAAUGUAUUUAUCUUCCUUUGCUAAUUAACAGCAAAAUGACACAGAGAAACUUUAUAUUUUCCUCCGCGAGAACAGCCAUAGAGACUUCAUUUAUGGAGAGCUCUGAAUGAUCCCUAUUCAUGGCAAGCGAGUACUGUCUGCACCAAUAGAUCCUUGUAUGCAUGGCAGAGCAACAGGAGAAACCCCAUCGCAGACAGGGCUGGAGGAGCUCUCAGUCUCUGUUGAAGCACUUUGGGAGUAAAGAGGGAAUCUGGAUAAGGAAAGAGAAACUGGGCUUUGAAUUAAAGGUAGUUUGCCACAGCCCUGCACUAACACAAUGCAGAUUAAAUGGAUGAGUGUUCCAAGGGUGUGUGACUGGAAAGGCACCCUGUGCAGAACCAAACCCACCGACCUGGUGUUCAUCAUCGACAGCUCCCGCAGCGUGCGCCCGCACGAGUUUGAGAAGGUCAAAGUCUUCAUGUCCCGAGUGAUUGAGGGGCUGGACGUGGGCCCCAACUCCACUCGGGUGGGUGUCAUCAACUAUGCCAGUGCCGUCAAGAACGAGUUCUCCCUCAAGACCUACCAAACCAAAGCCGCGCUCCUGCAGGCGGUCCGAAGGAUAGAGCCGCUCUCCACUGGGACUAUGACUGGCCUGGCUAUCCAGUUUGCCAUCAGCCGGGCUUUUAGUGACUCCGAAGGGGCCAGGGUGAGGUCUCCCAAUUUUAAUAAGGUGGCGAUCGUUGUGACCGAUGGGCGUCCCCAGGAUGGAGUGAGGGAUGUGGCAGCGAGGGCCAGAGCAGCCGGCAUCGAGAUCUUUGCCAUCGGGGUCGGCCGGGUGGACAUGCACACGCUGCGGCAAAUAGCCAGCCAGCCCCAGGAUGACCACGUGGACUACGUGGAGAGCUACAGCGUCAUAGAGAAGCUGACCCACAAGUUUCAAGAAGCCUUCUGUGUGGUGUCAGACCUGUGCGCCACUGGAGACCACGACUGUGAGCAGAUCUGCAUCAGCACCCCAGGAGCAUACACUUGUGCCUGUAAAGAAGGUUUCACACUGAACAGUGACGGGAAGACCUGCAGUGCUUGCAGCGGUGGGUCAGGAUCUGCUCUGGAUCUCGUUUUCCUCAUCGAUGGCUCCAAGAGCGUGCGGCCUGAGAACUUUGAGCUGGUGAAGAAAUUCAUCAACCAAAUUGUGGACUCGCUGGAGGUGUCGGACAAACAGGCUCAGGUUGGCCUGGUUCAGUACUCCAGUUCUGUCAGACAGGAGUUCCCACUGGGGCAGUUCAAGAACAAGAAGGACAUCAAAGCAGCAGUCAAGAAAAUGGCCUACAUGGAGAAAGGAACGAUGACGGGCCAGGCUCUCAAGUAUCUCAUUGACAGCUCCUUUUCCAUCAUCAAUGGAGCCAGGCCCGGGGUCCCCAAGGUGGGCAUAGUCUUCACAGAUGGACGGUCACAAGACUACAUCACUGAUGCUGCUAAGAAAGCCAAAGACUUAGGCUUUAGGAUGUUUGCUGUGGGAGUUGGCAAUGCCGUCGAGGAUGAGCUGAGGGAAAUCGCUUCAGAACCAGUAGCUGAGCACUACUUCUACACGGCUGACUUCAGAACCAUCAGCAACAUCGGGAAGAAGCUACAAAUGGAAAUCUGCAUUGAGGAAGAUCCAUGUGAAUGUAAAUCCAUUGUGAAGUUCCAGACAAAAGUAGAAGACCUCAUAAAUUCAUUGCAGAGGAAAUAUAUCCUUUGGAAGCUGUGUUUGGUCAGAAUUCAGCAGGUUGGGAUGUGCCUUUUGGAGGGACCAGUGGGGGAAAUCUACUCAUGAAGGAAGGGGG